CGAGCGAAUGCGAUGGGAGCCAUAUCGUGGCUAUACCCGGCUGGCGCGGCACGGCUGGCACACAACUCGCCAGGCAUCCAGCUGACCGGUACAACAAGCUACCAGUAUAUGUAUCAGUGUUUCUUGUGGAUUUCACGGAACAGAACGAACGAACAUGUCCCGCAAUAUCAUCAUUUCAGCAGCCGCAAACCCCGUUAUGGGCCAACCACCCACUCCUUUCGAGGCAGCGCCAGCCUAUGACGAGCACCUGGACAAGGACAACGAUGAGCACCCUGUCAAUGCACACCCGCCCUCAGGGUCAGCCACGGGCUACACCACUGUCUCGCAGACAGAACCUGAUAUCGAGUUGGCGCGUGACCACUCUGUGCCAUUCAAUCCAUUCGCACCACAUCAGCACUGCGAGACUUGCGAUGCUCUUACAACAGCGCGAGAGGAAAGAGCCAAAGAGCGACAUGACUGCAUGUGGAUUUCCAUUGUGUUCAUGACAAUAUUUCUUGCAUCCGCGCUUCUGGGAAUCGUUAUUGUGAGUCGCAGGUAGAAAACUUCAGGAGAGGUUGCUAUAUCGAGAGCAGCGUUUUACUCCACAUUAUCCUCUUUGGUUUCUGUCGCAGAUGAUUUAUGAUUCUCCAUUGACAACCCAACUUAUGGUCACUCAUUUGACGUUGUUAUGUGAUUUGGACCUCGCAU